GUGACGCACCGAUAUGCAGAUGCAGAAGUAGACCUGCGCCCGUUCUGAAAGCACCCUGUUUCAGUUGUCAUGAUGGCAACUAGACUUCUGCUUCUGCUUCUCUUCUUUACAGGACAUGUGUUUGCCAAAGAACCACCCGAUGUGGACUGUUUGGUGGUGCAUCUGAAAUAUGUUCAGUGUUCCUGGAAUAAGAGUGGGACUCCGGAGGUCAAUUACACCUUCUAUGGCUGGUUCCAUGACCGAACAGCCAAAGAGUGCACCUCCUAUAUGUCAGAGAACGGCAUAAACACUGGAUGUAACCAGCACUAUGACUCCACAGACCGGUUCAAGACAUUUCACAUCAAACUGGUACAUGGCAACAACAGCUUUAAUAUGAAGCAUGAUCUUAAAAAUAAAGUGAAGUUUAAUCCACCAGCCAACCUGACUGUCCAGAAUGACUCCAACUCUAACCUGUGGUUCUACUGGAACCAGACUCUUAGAAGCUGUGUGGAUAGUGAAGUUCGCUACAGGACCAAUAACAAGAAGUGGGAUACUUCUAGAGUCAGUACUGGGAAGCAGGAUUUCUGCAUCAACUUGAUCUCCAGCAAUUCCCGGUAUGAGCUGCAAGUGCGGAGCAAAAUGGGAAAUCUCUGUGGAGAGUCUAUAUUCUGGAGUGACUGGAGUGAGCCUGUGGUCUGGGGAUCCAACAAUGGCACAGAAUCUAGUCAAAUGGAUAAUUCCAUAUCUGUGUGGACCCCAGUGCUGUACGCGUUGGGUGCUCUCACCCUCAUCCUGCUAGUCUUGAUGUUGCUGCACAAUGAAAGGAUCAGGAUCAUCCUUAUCCCUGUGGUUCCCAAGCCAUCCCCGAUCUUUCAUGAUGUCCAGGAUUGGUUUCAACUCUCCAAAGGCCUGAAAGAGAGUUCAAAGGCUAACUAUAAUGACCGUGCCUGCCCUGUCCGUGAGUACUGCCAGGUCUCCCAGUCCGACAGCGAGAGCUCCGACAGCUCCAUGUUCUCCGUCACCACCGACCAAACCGACUGCUCUGUGUCGGUCCCUGUGGACAAGUCAGACAUGUCUACCCCCUGCUCCUCUUCCACCUUCACAGUCUCAUCUGAGGAGGAAGAGCAAGUUCUCGUUUAAGAGGAAUCUCAGUCAGGGUUGAGUUUCCCGAAACUUCACAAUCCAGACCAACUUAUACAAACACAUCUCCUGGAUGGUUGCAAAUUGAUCAGUUAUGUAUGUCCUCAUAUCUGCUCAAGGCACUUAAAAACAAUUGAAUCAAUUAUGAAUUGAAAAUGAAUGAAUCAAAGCUAUUAACAUUAAAAAUAUUAAGGACUUUAGUGCGAUGAGGCUUUUUAAUUACCUUUGAUGCAGUAUCAAUAUUUGUAUAGUUUCAGCAUCAGUGUAUUUGUUUUUUCUAAAAGAAAAAAAUUAUUAUUCUAGCAUGUGAAUAGUUUUAAUAUCUGGUAUUUCAGUUUGAUGUUUUAUUCUUCGACCUAAAUUGAGCUCGACAAUAUGGUUUUGAAUAUGUAUAUUGAUAUACAAAUUAUUUUAGCAUGUUAAUAGUUUUAAUUUCACGUAUUUCAUUUGAUCAUAACUUGUGGCUACAUAGAGACAGUACCAGUCAGAGACAAGCUAAAAUAGCUUUGGAUUGUCUAUGUCAAAAAAGCCAAGGUUGGGUUUUCCUAAACUUUACAAUCCAGAUCUUCUUAUACUGACACAUCUUCUGCAUGACUACAAGGGUCAGAAAAUGGAUUAAUGAUGUAUGUAUAUUUACCUACACAGAGUUUUGCCUUUAUCGGAGGUCUAUAUAUUUGACUGCACUAGGAGAACAUAGUGGAAGUUCCCCUCACAUAUCAAACAAAGGGCAUUUAAAACAUCCACUUCCUCUAAUCCCUUUUGCUUUUGCGUCAAGCAUCAAGUUUUCUGGGAACUUUGAUUUUUUAUUCUUCUGCCUAAACUGAGCUUGGCAAUAUGGUAUUGUAUAUGCAUAUUGAUAUAUAAAACAUGCAUGAAUCAUAAAAUGUGUAUCCAAACAGACUAGUUUAUAUACUGCACUAGGAAUAUGAUAUCCACUGUAUCCACUCACUGGUAAUAUGAUGGUAUUUGAGAUAGGACUAUUGAUAUUUGUGUAAAGUACUGACAAAAAACAUGGACAAUUUUUAAUGUCCAUUCAUUUAUCCAUUCAUUGUUCACUCACUCAGCCAGUAAAAUGACCAGUUAGGUACCUUAAGUCGUAACUCUUGGCUUUAUUAAUAUUUCAAAAAUAAUAAUUGACAAUUACAAAUAAUCACUUACUAAUGCUAUAUCUUCAACUUUGGGUUUAGCAAGUCUAACAAAAAAACCCUUUCACCAUGACACCUUGGUGGAUGCUUUGUCUUUUUUUUUUAGCGAGCUAGAAAAUGUUCAGACCAAAGUCUAUUUUUAAACAACUUGUUAUUAUAUUCCAACUUAUUAACUGAUGAUUACAUUUAUAACUGCAUUAUUCCAAAAUAGAUAAACAAACAAAAAGGGCAUUUUCUUUGUCUUAUUAUUAAGGUCUUCCAAUUGAUCUUAAAUGUUCAUCCAAACAGAUUAGUUUAUAUACUGCACUAGGAAUAUAAUAUCCACUCUACAGACUCUUGCACUGGCCAGUUCAAGGCCAAUGUUUAAAUAUUUUUGAUGUGUCCCUCACUUUGAUUAUGUCCGAAAAAAAGUUACUUAUAUUUGGAGAAAAUCCCAAUAUUUUGUGCAAAAAGACCUCAUUGGUAAUGUGAGCAUUAGUAAAUAAUUAAUAAUUAAUAAAGCCAUUAGUUACUAAAACGUAUUUAGUCAUAUCAAUAUCACAAUAGUUUCAUCCCAGCCUCAUAACUUUUAUAUUAUAUUUUAAUCACUGUUAGAAUUUUACAUUAAUAGGCUAUCUUUAUAUAUAUAUAGUACUUUUUUUUUUUUCAUUUUUGUAACCUACUUACUUUACAUUUCACUGUUUUCUGUCAUUAUACCAAGGCUGACUUUGCAGUGUACUCUUUUACUGUACUUAAUCAAUAAAUAUAUAAUUCAACCAAAUCCAAAA